AUGAAGACUGAGCUUAAUUGGAAUUACUCAGAGGUCACUGAAUUUAUUUUGCUGGGAUUUAGAACACCUCCAAAGCUACAGAUCUUCUUAUUUUCAGUAUUCUUAAUGAUCUACGUGGUCAUUGUGAUGGGAAAUACCAGCAUGAUAAUUGUCAUUAAGUUGGAUUCCAGACUUCAAACACCUAUGUAUUUCUUCCUAAGAAAUUUGUCCUAUUUAGAUCUCUGCUAUUCCACAGUCAUUGCUCCCAAAACUUUAAGCAACUUCUUGACUAAUGAAAAGAAAAUUUCCUACAAUGGUUGUGCAGCCCAAUUUUUCUUCUUUGCCCUGUUUGUCACAACUGAAGGCUUUCUUCUGGCUGUAAUGGCAUUUGAUCGCUUCUCAGCCAUUUGCUUCCCUCUCCUUUACCCUGUGCACAUGUCCCAGAAAGUCUGUGUUCAACUGGUAAUGGGAUCCUAUAUCUGCGGAUGCAUCAACUCUGUAGUGCAAACAAGUUUCACCUUCAGUUUACAUUUCUGCCAAGAAAACAGACUGGACCAUUUUUUCUGUGAUGUCCCGUCUCUGAUCAAGAUCUCAUGUGUUGACACUUUUGUGAAUGAGAUUGUGCUGUUUACCUUGUCUGCUGUCAUCAUCAUAACCACCACAACGGUCAUUCUGGUUUCCUAUGCUUGUAUUCUCUCCACUGUCCUGAAGAUCCCCUCAACCCACGGCAGGAGUAAGACCUUCUCCACCUGUGGCUCCCACAUGGUGGUAGUGAGUUUAUUUUAUGGAACCGUGUUCUUCAUGUAUGCCCAACCUGGGGCCAUCUCCUCACCAGAGCAAAACAAGAUUGUAGCUGUGUUUUAUACGCUCAUAAUACCAAUGUUAAACCCUAUGAUAUACAGUCUGAGAAACAGAGAUGUGAAAGAUGCCGUGAAAAGGAUAUUACAUGUGAGAUGGCCCUUUCAAUGA